AUGAUGAAGGGAAUUAUCAUCGUUCAGAUAAAUCUGAAUCAUUGCUGGGGUGCACACAAUAUCCUCCAGCAAUUUAUGAAGGAAAGGGAGAUUGAAAUUGCAUUCAUCUCGGAACCAAUAUAUAUACCAGCGAAAAACUGGGUCAGCAGUAUGAAUAAGAAUGCCGCUAUAUGUUGGUCACCAAACUCAAAUACCCGGAUUAUCGAAUCUAUAAAGGAAGAAGAAUUCGUGGCACUAGAAAUAGAAGACAUAAUAAUGAUAUCAUGCUAUAUCUCGCCUAAAUACAGCCUGAAGGAAUUCUCCGCGGUUCUAAAUCGAAUAGAGAAUAGAAUUAAAAAUUUAGACAAAGGAAGACAGAUAAUUUUAGGAGGAGACUUUAAUGCGCACUCACUGGCAUGGGGCUCCCGAUAUACAUCUAGUAAAGGGAAAAAGUUACUAAACCUUAUGGAAGAACUAAACUUGUUACUAGUUAAUAGUGGAAAUAGCCCAACUUGUACUAGACAACAGGGGAAUUCAAUAAUAGACCUGACCUGGGCGACGCCCAAAACCUUAGGUAGAAUCGGAAAAUGGACAGUCGAAGACACGGUGCUGUCCCUCUCAGAUCACAAUUACAUUACCUAUAGUAUAAAUAUGAAGAAACUCGCACACAUCCCAGUUGCUCCUACUAGUACACCUCGACGAUGGAGAACCGACAAUAUAGACGAAGAACUAUUUGAGGAAGCAAUAGAAUGGAGUUGUCACUCCUGUAGUUUUCAAGGUACUCCAAUAGCAAGGGAUGUGGAAUGGAUCGAUAAAACUAUAUCUCAGGCCGCUGACUUAUCCAUGAAAAGAGCUAAAAAACCAGGAAAGAGAAAACAAGCGUACUGGUGGAACAAUAAUAUAGCGGAACUAAGACUGAAGUGUAACUAUCAUAGAAGAAAGUGGACUAGAGCAAAAUCCAGCUGCAAGAAAGAUAAAACUAAGGCUCAUACAAAUAAAUAUAACCAGGAGGAACUUUCUGAAUUAGCAAACCUGUAUAAAGUAGCGAAAAAAGAUCUUAGUCAGGCAGUAUAUCAGGCAAAAGAAAAUUCUUGGAAGGAACUAAUUCGAGAGAUUGAUAAGGAUCCCUGGGGAAUUCCCUACAAGCUAGUUAUGAAUAAACUAAAACUUAGUGGUCUCAGUAUAAGAGAAAUACUUGAUGAACAUACUCUCAAAGAGGUAAUUCACAAGCUAUUCCCCAGAGAUAAAAAUAGGAACUACAACUUGAAGUGUAGGCGUAACGAAUGGAAGGAGGAAUGGGACUUGUGA